AUGUCUUCAAACCUCACUGAAUCUGAUUCCACCACGGUUGCUAGUCCUCCUGACGAUGAUAAAGGCACUGUCUCUUUUCCGUACAAAGGAGGAUCUGGUGGCAAUCCCUUUGACGACUUCCACCCAACUCGUAAAGUAAUCACUCAGAUUCGAGUCAGGGCAGCCAAGAACAUCGACGCUAUUCAGGUGUUCUACGAUGACAACACUAUUCCCACUCAAAUUCACGGAGGUACUGGAGGCGAUGUCUACGACUUUUAUCUUGAGAAAGGAGAAAAAAUUGUCAAGAUUGAUGGACGCGCUGCAAAGCUCAUCGACAGACUUCAAUUCCACACUGACACAGGCAGAGCUUCUCCGCCCUAUGGCGGUAGUGGUGGUGACAACUUUAGUUGGCAGGCGCCUGAGGGGUAUUUUUUGAGGUACUUUACCGGGAGAAGUGCCAAGAUGGUCGACGGUCUUCAAGGUUUCUUCCAGACUGAAUGA